AAAAAGAAUAAAAAAACACUAAAAACUAGUGAUGAUAGAAUCUCUGCACUCCUGAGUAACCCCACUUCACUUGAGCUCGCUUUUUGACUUCAAACCCAGAUAUGAGCUAGGGUUUCUGCGGAAUGCUGAGAGCUUCUUCAAUCUCCAUAGCUGGCUGGCUGUUCUUUGGAGGGUUUUCUUUGGAGUUUUAAGUAAUGGCCGUUAUGGGCAAGAAUUUCCUGCUUCUGGGUCUUGCGAUGUUGCUUCUUUUUGGAGGGGACUCUUCUGCUGCUAUUACCAGCACUUCACCUGCAAAGAUCGUUAAUGGGUUCGUCUCAAAUGCCGUGUCUACGGUCACGAAGAGGUUGUUGUCACUGAAAGCCUCCACCAAAACAGCAAUUUCUGGUCGCCCACUGAUGAAGUUUGAGAGUGGGUAUACUGUGGAGACUGUGUUUGAUGGGAGCAAGCUUGGGAUUGAACCUUAUUACGUUGAAGUGUUACCUAAUGGGGAGCUCCUGAUUUUGGAUUCUGCUAACAGUAACCUGUACAGGACAUCUUCCUCUCUGUCUCUGUAUAACAGACCGAAGCUGGUUGCUGGAUCAGCUGAAGGGUACUCUGGACAUGUGGAUGGGAGGCUAAGAGAGGCAAGGAUGAACCACCCAAAGGGGCUUACAGUGGACGACAGAGGAAAUAUUUACAUUGCUGACACAAUGAACAUGGCAAUCAGGAAGAUAAGUAAUGCAGGGGUUACAACAAUUGCUGGGGGGAAAUGGGGUCGUGGAGGGGGCCAUGUUGAUGGGCCUAGUGAAGAUGCCAAAUUCUCUGAUGAUUUUGAUGUGGUUUACAUUGGAAGCAGUUGCUCCUUACUUGUCAUAGACAGAGGAAACCAAGCUAUUAGAGAGAUCCAAUUGCAUUUUGAUGACUGUGCAUAUCAAUAUGAAAGUGGAUUUCCUCUUGGGAUUGUGGUUCUUGCUGCGGCUGGCUUCUUUGGUUACAUGUUGGCAUUGUUGCAACGUGGAGUUAAAACAACUGUAUCUUCCAAUGAUGAUCAGGGUGUGAUGAAAGCAAGCACUAUGCCAAGUAUGUAUCAGAAGCCUAUGAAAUCCAUAAGGCCACCUUUAAUCCCAACUGAAGAUGAGCAGGAGAAGCAAGAAGAGGGGAUCUUUGGAUCCCUUGGGAAGCAUUUUGUCAAUGCUGGUACAUCUGGUAUUGAAAUUCUUGGAGCCAUAUUCCCUGGUUUCAGAAAGAAGCGAGUCAGCUAUCAAUACCAAAGCCAGCACCAGUUCCAGGAGAAGCACUCAGCCUCUUGGCCUGCUCAAGAAAGCUUUACAAUACCCAAUGAGGACGAGCCCCCUCCUCUUGAAACCAGGACUCCUACUCUGAGGAAAACUUAUGCAUUCAUGUCCACGGAUCCAGAAAAGAUGCAUCAACUGAAGCAGAGUCGAGCCUUUUAUGGUGGAUGGGACGGUGACUUUCAGCAGCAGCAGCAAAAACAUCAGCAUCAUCAUACGUAUCAAUCAUCUACUCCACAUACUUACUAUGAGCAGAGCUCCGAGAAAACCAGUGAGAUUGUAUUCGGUGCAGUCCAGGAGCAGGAUGGAAAGCGUGGAGUUGUCAUCAUAAAGCCUGUCAAUUAUGGAGAUCCCUUAUACGAUCAUCACAACAUUCGCUCCCGAAACAAUUUCAUGGGUUAUGCCCGUGGCUAUUGAACAAGGUUUUGGAUUAUCCUGUCUUGGUAUAAAGGAUUGAGAUUUAGGGUAUAUAUGGUAUAAAGAUUUCUUCUCCAAGAAAUGGAGGUGUGUGGGAACUGCUUCAUUGCCAUAUAGGCUACUUGUAUUGGCUGGCAUGGUUUAGGGUGUGCUAAAAGAACACUGGCAUCUAUGUAGAAUUGCCUUUGAAAAUCAAGAAAUCAUCUUCUUAUCUCAAA